AAAUCCAAAUCGGUCAAUAAUUCACUCCAAAGUCGACAGAGGAUCACAAAUUGAAACCCCCGUCGCCGUCCCUUCCUAAGGCUGCCUCCUCCGCCUUCUUCCACUCCGCCGCGGUGAUGGCGAGCUCCGGUCGUGACCCCCCUCCGCCUCGCCUCCUCUCCAUCCCCAAGGAGGGCGAGCGGAUCCUCGCUCCCACGAGGAGGCCCGACGGCACCCUCCGUAAGCCCGUCCGCAUCCGCGCCGGAUACGUACCCCAGGACGAGGUCGCCCCCUACCAGCCAAAGGGAGCAAUUUUGAGGAAAGAGAGUGAACCUGAAGUGCCUCCAGGGUACGAUCCUGCGUUGGUCGAGAAGCUGAAGAGCAAAGCAGCAAAGAGGAACGAGAGGAAGAAGGAGAAGCGGCACCAGGCUGCACUUGAGAAGGAAAAGAAAAUGGUUUCAGAGGAAACUCAGAUAUUGAGAACUGAAGAAGUUGCUACGGCUGAUAGUACUGCUCAAAGAGAGGAAUCUUUGGACAUAGUCACAGAGCAGAUAAGUAGGAUGUCUGUCUUUGCAAAACCCGAGGCACCAAGCUCUUCUGCAGAUCCAGCGGAAGCUCUAAAACCUGAGUGUUCUGGCCUGGAUUUAGAUAAGAAAAUUCGAGCAGUUAAGAAAAAGAUUCGUCUAGCAGAAGCUCAGUUAGUUGAUAACCAGCAAAGUAUGAAACCUGAGCACAUGGAGAAGAUGCGAAAAGUUGAAGGAUGGCGCGAGGAACUAAAACUCUUGGAGGACAGAAAGGCUAGUUCAGUUUCAUAAGUUGCAAAUGCUUGACUUGACAAUCUUUAGAUAGCCUAAUGAAGACUGGCUGCAACUUGAAAGUUCUUAUUUAAUGCUAGACAUUCUUGUCUGACCUGCACAAUUCCCACGUCUAUGUUUGGAGACUACCUCAAACUUAAGGUGUUUCAAUUACCUUGGUAAGUUGUGCAUGAACAUGUUAUUUUUCAUGUUGUACGGAUGAAUCAUGAAUGAAUUGUGAAUUUGGAAAUUUUCUA